CACGAGAUUCCUCGCAUUAUCUGACGGGUCACAUGACAGCUGCUGUGGGCGUGGUUCGCGGAGCACGUGACUCGGUGUUUCCGGGUUCCGGUGUCAGCCAAUGAGCUAGCCGGAGCCGGAGCCACAAACAUGGAGCCGGACCGGGGGAAUCCGUUCGGGGAUCUGGAUAACCCAUUCAAGGUAGGACCGGGACCGCCGCCGGGGGAGAGGGGGGAUAGGCAGGGAGGAGCCCGGGAGAGACAGACCGACCGACCGGCAGUAACAGCUCAUAGAGCGGCCCGAGCUAACUGUGUCUGUUACUGAGAAACAUGUGACAGCCAGGAAUACAAUAUACCGAGAGAGAGAGAGAGAGAGAGAGAGAGAGAGAGAGAGAGACACGGCGAUAUAGAGAGAGAGAGACACGGCGAUAUAGAGAGAGAGACAGGGCGAUAUACAGAGAGAGACACGGCGAUAUACAGAGAGAGACAGGGCGAUAUACAGAGAGAGACACGGCGAUAUACAGAGAGAGACAGGGCGAUAUACAGAGAGAGACACGGCGAUAUACAGAGAGAGACAGGGCGAUAUACAGAGAGAGACAGGGCGAUAUACAGAGAGAGACAGGGCGAUAUACAGAGAGAGACAGGGCGAUAUACAGAGAGAGACAGGGCGAUAUACAGAGAGAGACAGGCGAUAUACAGAGAGCGACACGGCGAUAUACAGAGAGCGACACGGCGAUAUACAGAGAGAGACAGGGCGAUAUACAGAGAGAGACAGGGCGAUAUACAGAGAGAGACAGGGCGAUAUACAGAGAGAGACACGGCGAUAUACAGAGAGAGACACGGCGAUAUACAGAGAGCGACACGGCGAUAUACAGAGAGAGACAGGGCGAUAUACAGAGAGAGACAGGGCGAUAUACAGAGAGAGACAGGGCGAUAUACAGAGAGAGACAGGGCGAUAUACAGAGAGAGACAGGGCGAUAUACAGAGAGAGACAGGGCGAUAUAGAGAGAGAGACAGGGCGAUAUAGAGAGAGAGACAGGGCGAUAUAGAGAGAGAGACAGGGCGAUAUAGAGAGAGAGACAGGGCGAUAUAGAGAGAGAGACAGGGCGAUAUAGAGAGAGAGACAGGGCGAUAUAGAGAGAGAGACAGGGCGAUAUAGAGAGAGAGAGAGAGAGACACGGCGAUAUAGAGAGAGAGAGAGACACGGCGAUAUAGAGAGAGAGAGAGACACGGCGAUAUAGAGAGAGAGACACGGCGAUAUAUAUAGAGAGAGAGAGACACGGCGAUAUAGAGAGAGAGAGAGACACGGCGAUAUAGAGAGAGAGAGAGACACGGCGAUAUAGAGAGAGAGAGAGACACGGCGAUAUAGAGAGAGAGAGAGACACGGCGAUAUAGAGAGAGAGAGACACGGCGAUAUAGAGAGAGAGAGAGACACGGCGAUAUACAGAGAGAGAGAGAGACACGGCGAUAUACAGAGAGAGAGAGAGACACGGCGAUAUACAGAGAGAGAGAGAGACACGGCGAUAUACAGAGAGAGAGAGAGACACGGCGAUAUACAGAGAGAGAGAGAGACACGGCGAUAUACAGAGAGAGAGAGAGACACGGCGAUAUACAGAGAGAGAGAGAGACACGGCGAUAUACAGAGAGAGAGAGACACGACGAUAUAUAGAGAGACACGGCGAUAUACACAGCGAUAUAUAGAGAGAUACAUUAAUAGAUACACGGCGAUAUAUAGUGUGACGGCCAGCGAUAUGUAGAAAUACAGCGAGAUAUACAGCAACAUAUAGUUUGACAGCCAGCACUCAACGAUAUAUAGUGAUACAUUGGUCCUUACGCUCUGCUCAAGAUUUACGUCUAUCUUCUGUCCGUACUCCCACCUCUGAUGCUCGCCUUCAAGAUUUCUCGAGGGCUGCACCGUUCCUGUGGAACUCUCUUCCCUCCUCUGUUAGAUGCUCACCCAGUCUCCAUUCCUUCAAAAAAUUGUUAAAAACCCACUUCUUCAUAAAAGCGUAUCAAUUAAACUUUUAAUAGCUCCUGACUGAUUCCUCUCUUGCAACUGUCACUAGUUUAAUACUAUCCUUACCUUUUGUGUCACAUUACUCCACUCCCUCUAGCGUGUAAUAUUAUUGAGCAGGCCCCUCAACCCUACUGUUCCUGUGUGUCCAACUUGUCUGGUUACAACUACAUGUUUGUUCGUCCACCCACUGUAAAGUGCUGCAGAAUUUAUUUGGCGCUAUAUAAAUAAUAACAUAAUACUACAUAGUGAUAUACAGUAAUAUAUAGUGAUAUACAGCGAUAUAAAGUGGGACAGUGAGAUAUACAGACAUACAGUCACAUAGCUGAAAAGAGACUUGCGUCCAUCAAGUUCAGCCUUCCUCACAUAUGUUGUUGCUGUUGAUCCAAAAGAAGGCAAAAAACCCAGUCUGAAGCGCUUCCAAUUUUGCCACAAACUAGGAAAAAGUUCCUUAUUGACCUCAAAAUAUCAGUCAGAUGUCUCCUUGGAUCAAGCAGCGAUUACCCCACUAAUUAGAAAUUAUAUCCCUGUAUGUUAUGUUUUUGCAUGUGUUUAUACAAUUUCAGUUUAAACAUCUGUAUGGACUCUGACAAAACCACCUCUUCAGGCAGAGAAUUCCACAUCCUUAUUGCUCUUACUGUAAAAAAACCAAAAAAAAAAAAAAACCUUUUCUUUGCCUUAGAUGAAAUCUCCUUUCUUCCAGCCUAAAUGUGUGACCUCGUGUGCUAUGUAUAGCCCUGUUUAUGAAUAGAUUUCCAGAUAAAGGUUUGUACUGGCCCGAAUAUAUUUGUAUAAAGUUAUCAUAUCCCCUCUGAGGCGCUGUUUUUCCAAACAAAAGAGAUUUAAAUUUUUUAACCUUUCUUCAUAACUAAAAUGCUCCAUUCCUUUUAUCAAUUUUGUAGCUCGUCUCUGCACUUUUUCUAGUGCCAUGAUAUCUUUCUUUAGAACAGGCGCCCAAAAUUGCACAGCAUAUUCAAGGUAUGGUCUUACCAGCAAUUAAUAAAGAGGCAAAAUUAUAUUUUCAUCCCGAGAAUUUAUGCCCCUAUUUAUACAUGACAAAUCCUUACUGGCCUUAGCAACUGCAGAUUUAAAUUGCAUAUUGCUGCCUAAUUUGUUGUCUAUAUAACAAUUCCCAAAUCCUUCUCGUGUGUGGUUGUCCCUAAUUCACUACCAUUUAGGGUCUAAGUUGCUUGUGCAUUCUUAACCCCGAAGUGCAUAACUUUGCAUUUCUCUACGUUAAAUUUCAUCUGCCAUUUGAGUGUCCAGUCCCCCAAUUUAUCUAAAUCCCUCUGCAGCAAAGCAAUAUCCAGCUCACAUUUUAUUACUUUACAAAGUUUUGUGUCAUCUGCAAACACUGAUACAUGGCUUUCAAUGCCUAUUUCAAGAUCAUUUAUAAAUAUGUUAAAUAGAAGCAGUCCCAAAACAGAACCCUGAGGGACACCACUUACCACUUUUGUCCAGUUUGAAAAUUUAUCAUUAAUGACCGCUAUUUUCAUCCUGAGAAUUAAUGGGACAAUCCAAAAUAUUUAAAAAUCAACGUUUAGUAGAAUUUUUUUUUUUUUUUUCAUUGGAGAGGUAUACCUAAAGCUGCUGUAACAAAAGUUACAGAUCUCUCGUCUGCAGACUUUACAAACCCUCCCCUUCUAACCCCGCCCAGACAUUCUGUGACUGUCCUAUCACAGAGUUUCCAAUGCAGCUCAAUGCAUACAUAGUGGGACAGUGAGAUAUACAGCUAUACAUAGUGUGACAGCGAGAUAUACAGCUAUACAUAGUGUGACAGCGAGAUAUACAGCCAUACAAAUCGUGACAUACGGCCAUACAUAGCGUGUCAGUGAGAUAUACGGCCAUACAUAGCGUGUCAGUGAGAUAUACGGCCAUACAUAACCAGCCUGAUUAUCCACUCAGUGUAACCAUAACCCAUUGUACAGCACUACGGAAUUUGCUUGCACUAUAUAAAUAAUAACCGGCCUGAGUGUCCACUCACUGUAUCUAUAGCUUACUCUCCAUAGCCAUUCACUGUAUUCGUAUCCCAGACUGGGGAGCCACUCACUGUAUCAAUAAUCCAUCCUCAAUAUCCCCUCACUGGAUAGUCACUCACCGUAUCAAUACCUCAGCCUGCAUAGCCAUUCACAAAGUUCUGUGCCCAACUUCAGUAUCAACUCAUUAUAUCCUUGGUCUAUCUUGGUUAUUAUGAAAAAAAAAAAAAAGGAUUCCUAGCGCUUCCGAUAAUGAUAGUAGUUCUGGUAGAAGGUAAAAUCCAAAAUGAAGAAAGAGGGUCUCAGCGUCUUGUGAGUGUCUUCUGAUCCAGAGGGUGCUCAGUGCAUGUAAAAGAUCAGGAGAUACAAUGCAGUGUAGUAGGUACUUCUUCUUGGUGAUGGAAAUAAAGAAAUGCUCCAAAAAACUGUUAAGUGCAUUUCUAUAUUUACUUCAAGUAUAAGUACCUACUACACUAUAUUGUGUCUCCUGCUCUUUUAUCAGCACUGAGCACCAUUUGGAUCAGAAGACUAUCUUGGUUAUUCACUCACUAUUAUAUUACGCUCUUCUUGAGUGGCCGCUCAGCACACCCUGUGCCCAUCCAGAGUUGCCGCUCAGUGUACGCAGCUCCCAACUAUUUAGCACCCAUGCUAGGUGUCUUCACAUUGUACCCAUCUCCCCGCCUGAUUACCUGCUUUAUGUCUCUGCAUUGAGCCCUGUGCUGACUUGGAACAUAACUCACAUUAUGUCAUGUGCCAGUGCUGCCCCUCGCCUUGCGCUGUAUCCUUCACCCCAUUUCUUCAUGUCUCAUGUGUCUGCAUGUCUGGUGUUUGGGCAUCACUGUUCAGCUGCUAAUAUUCCUUAUAUCUUGUGUGAUGUCUGCAUUUUCCAAGCAGCUUGUUGCAGUAAUACCUGGUCUUGCUUAUUUCAGGACCCGUCUGUAAGUGUGCACCAGGGCAGCUCCCAGUAUGCCACCCUUGAUGUGUAUAACCCAUUCGAUAGCAAAGGGGUAAGUUCACUUCUCUGGAUUUUCUAUGGGCUGGUGAGAGCUGCCUUUUUGCUAAAUAACAGAAUUCAGCAUUAUGGAGUAUAUUCACCUAAGUGCAAAUUACAGUGAAAUUCAAUUAACAAUGUAGGCAAAAAUAAGUCCCCCCUCCAAACAAAAAUCCAACUCUGCCAUAGGCUCUGCUUGGAUAUUUUAGUCUGAAGUUAUCUUUUCAGUUUACUGCUUAGCGUAAAAGCCCUCUAAACAUUUUUAUGGGUUAAACAGAUUGUUUUGUAUUAUCCUUUACAUUAAUUUCUUGCUGUCUUUAUCCAGAUUCCUCCGCCUCCCCCUUACCAUGAGCAGCCCCCAAGCCAGGCUGCCGCCACCUUGCCUACUGUCCCUGUAAAUAACAUCCUUCCUCCAGCCAUCAAGAAACAGAGUCCGACAGAAACCAAAAACUAUGGAUCAUACGGAACCCAGGUACCAGGACAAUCCCUUCCCACCUUAUUAUCCUGUAUGCUCCUCUAAUGAUAAAUAUAUAUCUAUAUAUAUUUAUAUCUAUCCACACAUUAUAGCUAAGCUCGCUCAGUGGUUGUUCCUCCAGCUGUACUAGUAAACUAGUCCAUCCAUUUGGGUAGUGGUAAUAUGAGUAUUUCAAUUGCUGCUUGAAAAGUUGAAAAGUUAUUUCUUAAAGGGACAUGAUAGGUACCCAUAUCCUUUUUUCAUUUCUGUUUAAACAUCUAUACAGACUCUGUAUAAUGUUAUCAUAUCCCCUCCGAGGCACAUUUUUGCUAAACUAAACAUAUUUAAAUGUGUUAAUCUUUGUUCAUAGCUAAAUCUUUAUUCAUUUUGUAGACUGCCUGUGCACUAAUACGUUAAUAUCCUUCUUUACAACAAGUUCCACAAACUGCAAGGCAUAUUCAUUCAAUGUGUGGUCUUACCAGUGAUUUAUAAAGUGGCAAAAUUAUAUUUUCUUCCCAAGAAUCAAUGUCCGUGAAUUCUUAAAUGUGCCAAUUUCUAUUGAAACACGCACUAUUUGUAAAAUGGGGAGAAAAAUAAAGAGAAUAAACGCUUCACACGCAAAGCACUUCUGCAAACUGAAGAGCACUAGGGAUCUGGAGUGUCCCUUUAAUUCCCUAUUAAUGCAUGACAAUAACGUACUGGCACUAGCAACUGCUGAUUGACAUUGCACAUUUGUUGGUUGACUCAGCCCUUCUUCCUUCCGAGGUAGAUACAGUGAGUACCAUUAAAUUGGGAAAUAGUAACAACCCCUGGAUGUUGGGUUAAGGCAACAUCCCCAGGAUGUAUGUGAAAACCAGAGUAAUUUGAAUGUACCUUUCCUGGUUAAAUACUUUUAUUGUUGUUGCCUAGUUUGUCUAUAACAAUUCCCAAAUCCUUCUCGUUUCUUAUCCCUAAUUCACUACCGUUCGUGUGUAAUGUGUUUGUGCAAUCUUUACCCCAAAGGGCAUAACUUUGUAUUUAUCUACAUUCAAUUUCAUCUGAGUGCCCAGUCUAUCUAAAUUCCUCUGCAGCAAAGUAAUAUCCUGCUCACAUUGUGUUAUGUUCACUAGAUUUGUGUUAUCUGCCAACACUGAAACAUGACUUUCAUUACAUUUAAUUAAACCGCAGCAGUAGGCAAUUUAGUUUGAGCAGCAGUUUGUCUGAUCACCCAGUAGAAUUUAACCCAACAAGGCUGCUCAGACAGAUUUUUUUUUUUUUUUUCUCACUGUCUGCUGGUUAACUGUUUGUACACUCUUCUCUUUGUGAAGAUCUCCAGCAAAUAAAGUAUGAAAAAAGGGAAAUUUCCUUGGGGGAAAAACAUAAAACAUAUUAUGUAUAUACUCUAGUAUAAGAUGAGUUUUUCAGCACAUUUUUUGUCUUAUACUCGAGUCAGUGUCUGUAUUAUGGCAACUUACAUUGCCAUAAUACAGACCAGGACCGCAGGGCUCAUUACAAGCCCGGCGGUCCUGUUGGGGGCUGGCAGCAAGCUGUUACCUCUACAGCAGCUCCUGUCAGCUCUCUUCUCCUCCGCGCCGUUCAGUUCCACUGUAAGUCUCGCGAGAGCCGCGGCCGUCAGAGCGUUGCCACGGGUUAACGGCAUGGAGGAGAAGGGAGCUGACAGGAGCUGCUGUAGAGGUAACAGCACAGCCCAUCCACUGGACCACCAGGGAAUAAUAUAGCCCCCCUCCCUGGCCAGGCAACAAGCAGGGACGGGGGCCAAAAAAAAAAAUAUUUUUUUAAAUAAUAUUAUAAAAUAAAAAUUUAAGAUUAACAUUUUUUUUUUAUAUUAAAAUAAUAAUAAAAAUUAUAAAAAAGCCCAACCCCCACCAAGGUUACACACUCUGCAUCUCACAUAUACUAUUCAUUCACACACACACACACGCACACUAUUCAUUCACACACACACUCUGCAUUAUAUACACACACUGUAAAUAAAUAUUCAAUUUAAUAUAAUUUUUGGGAAUCUAAUUUUAUUUAGAAAUUUACCAGUAGCUGCUGUAUUUCCCACCCUAGUUUUAUUCUCGAGUCAAUAAGUUUUCCCAGUUUUUUGAGGGUAAAAUUAGGGGUCUCAACGUAUACUCGAGUAUAUACGGUAAUUAAAAAUGCAAUACCCGCUUUGUUUAUAGUGAAUCUGUCAUUUUAACGUAACAUAAAUCAGCCACAAUUACAUUGAGUAAAUCAUGUAUCACGGAGAUUCGUGAUGUAUUUAGUGCAAGCUUCUGAGAUAUACUGUAUUUCCAAUACGGUGCCACCAUGUACUCAGCGUUGUGGGUGUUACUCAUCUGUAAUACCAACCUCGGUCCACCCACUCUUUUCUCGCAGUAUCCUUUCACUUGCCCUGCUUGUGUACGCUUCCUCGAUCAGGGCAAACUUACUCUGUGACAUUGAUGCGAUGGCUUCUUUGCCAGCAUCUAAAUGGAGUAACGUUGAUCACUCUUGCCUAUACCCUCAAACCAGGACUAGCAGCGUCUGCAUACCACAGCAUAUUCACUGCGGUUGCUAUGGUUGGGAGAGCAGAAUGAUCACCUUCUGCUCUCCCUUUGUCUGCCAAUUCUUCGUUACAGUGUCUAUGUCGAAUAAAUUGACUGACGGGUGGGAGAAAGACCUAUUUUUAAUUGGGUUUUUCUCCCAAUCUUUAAUUUGCAGUGCUCCCUUUAAAAUGCCACAAUAGUCAGCAGUACCACUUCUUUUUUAGUGUAUAGAUCAUGCACCUGCCGUUUCACUGCUCAAUCCCUACCAUUUAGGAGUUAAAUCACUUUGUUUCUGUUUAUGCAGUCCUAGUCACACCUCCCCUGGCUGUGACUGACACACCUUACAGGAGAACAAAAUGGUUUCAUUUUCAAUCAGAUGUAACUUACUUUAAAAGUUUUUAUCUCCUGCUCUGUAAAUUGAACUUUAAUCACAUACAAGAUGUUCUGGCAGAGUCUAACAAGCUAUUAACAGUGCAAGAGAUAAGGAAUUCUAAAUUAAACAGAACUUGCAAUUAAGGAAGUGUAAACAUUAGAUGACUCUUUACGGUAAGUGUUUAGAAAAGCUGCAAGGAGUGCCUAAGGCUGCAUAAACAAAGUGAUUUAAUCCCUAAAUGGCAGAUAAUUGAGCAGUGAGACUGCAGGAGUAUGACCUAUACACCAGAAAUGCUCUACAGUCCCUGUCAGGCAACCUCAUUACCUGUUGUUAACCCCUUCCAUUCCAGCCCCUGUCAGCCAACCUCCCUACCCAAUGUUAACCCCUUCCAUUCCAGCCCCUGUCAGCCAACUUCCCUACCCAAUGUUAACCCCUUUCAUUCCAGCCCCUGUCAGCCAACCUCCCUACCCAAUGUUAACCCCUUCCAUUCCAGUCCCUGUCAGCCAACCUCCCUACCCAAUGUUAACCCCUUCCAUUCCAGCCCCUGUCAGCCAACCUACCUAUCCAAUGUUAACCCCUUCCAUUCCAGCCCCUUUCAGCCAACUUCUCUGCCCACUGUUAACCUCUUCCCCUCCAGCUCCUGUCAGUCAACCUCACUACCCACUGUUAACCCCGUCCCCUCCAGCUCCUGUCAAUCAACCACUAUCAUCUGGUAACCUCCAUCCCUGCAUGUCACUGUUAUCUGCCAUCCUGAUCGUAACACAGUAACUGUUAUCCACCCAUGCCUCUGUUAACCCGUUCCCUGCCAGUCCCUGUUAUCCAGCCCAGCCAUCUCUCUGGUAACCCUUUCUUGCCAGUCCCCGUUAUCGAACCAUCUCUCUGGUAACUCCUUCCCUGCCAUUACCCGUUAUCCACCCAUCCCUCUGGUAACCCCUUCCCUGCCAGACCCCGUUAUCCACCCAUCCCUCUGGUAAUCCCUUCCCUGCCAGUCCCUGUUAUCCUCCCAUACCUCUGGUAACCCCUUCCCUGCCAGUCCACCUUAUCGAUCCAUCCCUCUGUUAACCCGUUCCCUGACAGUCCCUCUUAUCCAGCCUAGCCAUCUCUCUGGUGACCCCUUUCUUGCAAGUCCCCGUUAUCGAACCAUCUCUCUGGUAACUCCUUCGCUGCCAGUCCCCGUUAUCCUCCCAUCCCUCUGGUAAUCCCUUCCCUGCCAGUCCCUGUUAUCCUCCCAUCCCUCUGGUAACCCCUACCCUGCCAGUUAUCUGCCCUUUGGUGGUUUGCAUUCUGUUAAUACUUUCACCUAUAUUAUGGGAUUCUAAAUUGUAAUUGUUGUAACCAGGAGAAGACACCCUUUCUGAAUGCUAUGUUAUUCCAUGUUUGCCUAGAUUAUUAUUAUUUCUUAUUUAUUCUUUGUUUUCUGGUAAAGGAAUCAACAGCGGCUGCAACAGCAGAUUUACUGCGGCGUCAGGAGGAACUAAAUAGGAAGGCAGAGGAGUUGGAUCGUAGAGAAAGAGAGCUCCAGAGUGCAGCGUUGGGAGGUUCUUCCUGUAAGAGUUGGGUUUUGAAGGAAUAAGAAGGUUGUAAUUUGCAGGAAAGUUGUCUGCAGCAGAGCCGGGAGGUUCCAAGCUUACUAUCUGGGAUAUUGGCUAAAAUUGGAAUUUCACAUUUUAUAGUAAAAUAGCCCAUUUGGAAAAAAAAUAAAUUGCUCUGUUUUUGGUUUGAACAUGUUGGUCCAAAAUGUGAAAUUUUCUUUGAAUUUAUUUUGAACUCGCAGCAAUUCUCAAUUUAGUAACUAGUAGACUUCAUGCUGGGUCGUAAUAUUCUGUGUGGUCUGUGCUUCUUUUACAGCAAGGCAGAAUAACUGGCCCCCUUUGCCCUCCUUCUGCCCGAUGAAGCCCUGCUUCUACCAAGAUAUCGGUGUGGAGAUACCACAGGACUUCCAAAAGACAGUGUCCAUUAUGUACUACCUGUGGCUGUGUAAGUGAUAUCCUGCCAGGAAACUUCAACUUUGGCUUUGUGUGGUGUCUUUACAAGUGGGCACUACCUGUGGCUGCUUGCUGUACUCUGGCAAACGGACAAUUCAUGUGGCAAUGUGUAUGUUCUGCCAGGCUAGGACUGUCUGUAGGUGUGGGGUCAUGCCAUGCUACUUUACCAGGCUGUGUGUGAGUUUUGAGGUGGUGGUGACGGUAAUGGGGAAUUGUUCUUCCAGAUUCAAGCUUCUUGCCUAUGUCCAUGUGACUUACUACCUGGUGGGCACUUCCUCUGGUUGUAAGUGUUGUGUCCUUUCUGCAUUUAUGUGUGUGAUCCUGUCAUUCUUUGUUGUUGACUGACCAGCUUUGUCUCUGUUGUAGUUAGUGCCGGAACAUUGUUUCUGAACUUCGUGGCGUGCCUAGCGUGGUUCUGUGUGGAUUCUACCCAAGGCUCUAGUUUCGGCCUUUCCAUCCUGUGGACCCUGAUGUUUACUCCUUGUUCGUUCCUGUGCUGGUACCGGCCCAUCUACAAAGCAUUCAGGUGCAUAUCUAUGAUUCUAUAGCAUGUUAUGUGUGCAUACAGAUUGGGCCGAAAUCACUCUUAUUUAUUUUAUUUUUUUCUCUUUUUUCUUGUAGGAGUGACAGUUCCUUCAAUUUUUUUGUUUUCUUCUUCAUCUACUUCGUGCAAGACAUCUUGUACGUUCUCCAGGCAAUUGGGAUCCCUGGCUGGGGCUUCAGGUAUAUACAAACUGGAUGCUUCUUUUGAGGUGGGAAGGUAGGGUAUAGUGCAUGCAAGGUAAAUAACAAGAAAAAGGGGGUACCAACAACUGUAUACAUUUGUGGCAUAUGAUGUGUGUAGUCACUUGGGCUUCAAUGAGGGCUUUAUGACAUUGUGCUAAUUUUUUUCUCUCUUGUAUUUCAGCGGCUGGAUAGCAUCCCUUUCUGUCUUGAGGACGGGAAACGUUGGUGCAGCCGCAGUAAUGAUCAUUGUGGCACUUUUACUCUCUGCUAAUGCCGCGCUGGGUAUCGUUUUGCUAAAGAGGGUAAGACUUGAGUGUCCCUCUUGGAUGGGUGUAGCUUGUAUAAUCAGGAUUACUUUAUGGAGUUAAUGAAUAGCUCACUUAUCUUAGACUCCCUCAGACAGGUUACAUUUUAUCGUCUGUGAUGAAUCCUUGCGCUCCCUAGCCACUUUCUUAGGUACUCCUUCAGCAUAUAAUUUUUAUUACAUUUUGUUAUGACAAAAUGUUUCCCUUCCCAUGAGCAGAUAAUUGAUGCUUCCCUUUUUUGCACACCGCUAGUUAUUUGUUCAGUGUGACUUCUAGGUAGAGAACCAAGUACAUCUGGAGUCAUUGGAUGCAAGGAUGGUAUGGCAAACAGUAGACCGUUCUCCACUUAUGUCAACAGAAAGACAAGGCUACAGUGGGAAUGUGAUCACUAAAUUUGGAAAUUAUCACCAUGGCUGACAAAUCUGUAUUUCUGAUCUGGAAUUCGAAAUGUAGAAAUACCAUGAAUCCCUUGUGUCAUUGUUUAAGGCUGGUGGUGAUGGUAUGGGAAAACAUGUUAUCGGCACACAAUAGGUCCUUCCAUUUAAAUGCAGCCUUAGCCUUCUUGCUGACCAUGUGCAUCCAUUCCAACCCUCUUUCAAAUGGCUACUUCCAGCAAGAAGUUGCACCGUGCUACAUGUUACUUCUAUUUCUACCUAUGAUCUGAAAGAAGGCAAAAAAAACAGUUUGAAGCUCUUUCCAAUUUUGCAACAAUCCCCAAAAAAAAUCCCUCUUGACCCCAGAAUAGCAGUCAGAUCUCUCCUUGGGUCAAGAAGCUGUAAACCCAUAUAAUAAAUGCUAUAUCCCUGAUUAUUAUGAUUUGUUCAUAAAUGUAUCCAGCCACUGUUUAAAAGUCUGUACAGACUCUGAUAAAACCACCUCUUCAGGCAGAGAAUUCCACAUUAUUAUUAAAUUAUUGUUCUUACUGUUAAAACCCUUUCCUACAUCUCCUUUCUUCCAGUCUAAAUAGGUGACAUGGUUUCCCACGUAUAGUCCCAUUUUUGUAUUCACCAAAACACAACUGAGAGUCUGGUUGGUGUUUCCACCUUCCAAACACUUGGUUUGAGUGCAGCGCUAUAUAGGUGUUUUAAAAGGAAAAAAAAAACAUAGCAUACACUUACCCCUCAAAGUAUGCGGGGGAUGUACAUAAAAAAAAUAGAAAAAAAAGAGUGCUAUAUUGUAUAACAAAAAGUGACUUUUUUUGUACAGUGAGUGAAAAUAAACUCACAUUUUUUCUAGAGCUUUUUUUGUGGGUAUAGGCUCUAAACACUUCAGCUUCUGUGCCUUUAAGGUAGACAACUGUACCUUUCUUGUGUGGUCCACUCCCUAUUAUUCCUCACAACGGUACAUGUAAAGGAAAAAACAAACUGGAAACCUCUGGGUGCAGAAUUGUGAGCUUUUGGUAUAGAGUAAAAAAAAUAGCUGCUCACCUUUUUUAGAGCCUUUUAAUAACUACCUCUAAGUUUGCAGGGUGACACUACCCUUUUUGGAUCCAAGGUACAAUAUGGAGAUGAAGAAAAGUAGGGUGUAGAAUUUAUUUAUAUUUCCUGUAUUUAAAAUCGAAUUCACUUCUUUCCAUGGAAUCUGUGAUGUUAAUAGUAUUGGUCCCGAAUAUAUUAGUAUAAUGCUAUCCUUUCCCCUCUGAAGGGCCAUUUUUCUAUUCUAGACAGAAUUACAUUUGUUAGCCUUUCUUCAUAACUAAAAUCUUCCGUUCCCCUUAUUAAUUUUGUAGCCAGCGUCUGCACAUUUUCAAGUGUCAUAAAAAUUGCAAAGCAUAUUCAAGGUGUGAGCUUACCAUUGCUUUAUAGAGAGGCAAAAUGAUAUCUUCUUCACAAGAAUGAAUGGCCCCUUUUAAUACAUAUGACAAUACCAUAGCAACUCAUGAUUGACACUGGGCAUGGUUGCCUAGUUUGUUAAAUAUAACCGUGUAACAAAGAAUGCAUUAACACUAGUUGGUUCUGUGACUACAGUUUAAUUCCUAGACCACAGAUCUCCCAUAAUGCCCUGCUCAAACAAGCUUACAAUCUAUGUCAGACAUUGUGUACUCUUUCACGUGUGGCCUAUGCUGUGGGACUUCUUUACAGGGUCCUUUCUUUUAUCUUUUUUUGUUUUUUUUUCUCUGCCAGGUUCACUCCAUUUACCGCCGGACCGGUGCCAGUUUCCAGAAGGCACAGGAGGAAUUUGCAGCUGGCGUGUUUUCUAACCCAGCUGUGCGAACCGCGGCUUCCAACGUAGCAGCCGGCGCAGCGCAGAAUGCUUUCAAGCCUUAACCAGCGGGCACCUGUCAACGCUCUGGAGUCCUCACUGCCCAUUAUUUCUGGGUGUGACCUGGAGGAAUAUACUCCUCAUUAACGCCUGCUUUACGUGUCUGUUUUCACAUAAUGUUUUGAGACCUAUAGGUGGAAAUGGGUGUAAAUAAACACUGUCUUUAUAUGACGUGCCACCGCGGAAUAAGGACAGUCUGUGCAGAACAUGCAGCAUGUGACCACUUGUACAUUGUAAAACUACGCUUACCGAGUGGGGUGCCAGUGGCAAAAUCAAAUAUCAGGGGUGAGGUGGGGGAAGGGAGAAGAGGAAUUUACCUGGCGUAUGUGCAUGUGAUGGCUGUGUUCUUGCUAUGUGUGUGUCUCCAAGUGUGUACAUGUUGGCUUUUAACUCAUCGUUUGGAUGAAUGCUGAAAAUGUGCACUUUAUGAUGAUAAAUGCUGACUGUACAAGUAUGUACAAACUUGUAAACUUAUGAAGUACACACAGUAAGAAUGCAGUGAGGAUGUAUGCUGGAAAUAUUCACACUAAAAGGAUGGAUACUUGUUUUAUGUAUACUGUAUACUGGCUAUCUACACUCUGGGUGUGGAUAUAAUAGAUCACUGAGGCCUGUUCUGCAGGACGUGUACAAAGUUCCACAUGUACAUGUGAUUCGUGCUUGAAGGCUUUGGAUAUGAGGGGUUAUUCACACACAGGGGGUUGUAUAUAUGUGAAAGGGGUUGAUUGAUGCCUGGGCUUCCUUUUUCCAGAAUGUUGAGUUGCUAAAUGGUUCUUUAGUUUUCACUGGAUUCUGUAUAAUAUUUACUAACAUUCGUGGUGGGGUGGUAUUUGUCAGUAACUAAAAACAGAACUUAAUUCCCCAAAUGUCAUCACACUUAUCACUAUAACCAUGUUUGCUGUGUUUCCCCCUUCUUUGCCUGUGGAGGGGGUUGUCAUGUGUCUUAAUGGUCUACCACACUAUGGGGAGCAAUUAAGAAUAUUGGGGAGGGAGGGACCAGUACAUUUCACUCUAUUUCUGGGGAGCUAUGGGGUACUUGCUCCAUGUGGGUGGCUGUGUUUGGAUAUAGAAUUCCACUGUACUUCUAGAGGCACUUUAACCAUAGGGUGAGAGCAUGUGAGCUUUUCACAUGGGGGGUGUGGGGGAUUAUAGGCGUUGUGUUGGUAUCUGCCACGUCUGGAGUGGGAUUAUGCUUGAAUGAAUGGAAGAAGGCAGUAGGAGCAUUCAAUGCUUGGGGAUGUUUAAUUUAUCAAGGGAAGGGGCAUGUCAUUUAAUGGGAUUAAUGCUUGACAAUUGCGGUUACUAGUAACAGCUCACUUUUAAGGAACAAGUCAUGUAUUGGGUGGGGUGGGAACAUCAUAGUCUGGUAGAGCAUGUAGUGAGGGGGUAAGGCGUAAGUGCUUGAGGAACAGGGUGGGAAGGGAUCUCUCCCCCUGAGUUAAAGUGUAUUGAAGAGGGCAAUGGUUGAAGAUUGAUCUAGUGGUAGCAUCUCGCUCUGGGGAGCAUGUAUUGAGGUUAAUGAUGAUGUGGGCGCGGGGGGGGGGGUAUAGGAACAUGUCACUACUGGUAGCUUGUCUCUGAAAGAUUUGCAUGUUUGUUAUGUAGUCUGUGGUUUUCCAUGUCUCUCCCACUGUGCUCACAAUGCCACAUGGGGCAUCGAAGAGAACCAGCUCAUGCCAAAUUAAAGACUUUUAUGAUGAAUAUCUGUGAGUUUGCGUAUUCUCUUGCAUCUCCUGAAAGUGAUUGUCUAGAUUUUCUGUUCUUGAUUCCAUAAUACUAGUCAUUUCGAUGCUUGUAUUGAACUUGCAGACUUUG